AUGGCGCGCUCGAACAUGAGGCUGCGGGCCGACUGCUUGACGGGCCGGUCCGCGAAGCCGACCGAGGUGAGGAUCUCGCGGGCCGUGGCUGGGUCGGAGGAGACGACGAGCCGGGUGGAGCCGCCGAGGCUGAGGGCCAUGAGCUGUUUGUUGUUGGGCCUGCCGGAUUGGGCCCAAGCCAUGGAGGCCAGGGUGCGAUGGGCCAGGCCGCGGCUGAGGGCGAAGAGGCUGCCGAAUAUUGGGAGUCCUCGUGGGCCUGAGAUUUGGGCCGGGCCGCGGGAGGUGCGGCCGUGGCGCCAUGCGGAGCCUCCCGGGGUGAGGAGCCAGGUGACGGCGGCGAGGGAGAGGAAGGCGGCGAGGAGGGAGAAGAGGAGGUAG